AUGAAUAUACAGUUGUAGUAUGCCAUUUUACACAUACAUGUAAUACAUGCGCCUAAAUGUAUGUACCCAUUUGCUUGAGAGUUUCAUGCGAAAACAAAUAUUUGAGCAGCAUAAAAAUUAAAUUUACCAAGUAUGGAAACUGGAGUUUCUUUUAAGCUUCAUGCCUGAAUAGCUUUCUAAGUUGUUGUAGUAGCGGCAGAAAACAUUCCUGAAGUAAUUUCGAGGAAUGGUGCCGAGUUGACAGUCCUUGGCCAGAUAAAAAUCUGGGUCUGUUCCGGGCACUUAGAACCGACAGUCAAGGGAACAGCUGUCUAAGGCUUUGCUUAUACUAAUUUACUUAUUAUGAUGAGUUUCAAAAGUGUUUAACCGUUAAAUCAAAUCAAUUCAUUCAAUACGAAAGAUCCGAAUUUUAUUCCACUUUAUGUUUGUGUUAAUUAACCCCGUUUCAUUUUCACCCGGUGCCGAUAUUGUUCGAGGAGCUAUUCUUCAAAGAGAUUUUAUGUACAUAAUUCAAGUAUCAAAACUUGGAGAGUACACGAAACGUGAAAAUUAUUAUUAUUUCAAAUGAACCGAUAACUGCUUAUAUAUUUUCACGUAAGAAGGUAAAGUUUAUAUAUAAAUGAUCAGAGUGUCUAGCUCUUUUUUAUUUGACAAAUUAUCUUCACGAAAUUCGGCACAGAUUAUUGUCAAAAGCAAGACCACAUCCGUACAAAUUGCUCCGAUCGGGCCCAUAUAGUAUAUAGCUGCCAUUUAAACUGAACGAUCGAAAUCAAUACAAAGAUCUAUCCUUUAAUGCUAAUAUGAUGGUUAAUAUUUCGUCAUUUUUAUAAAAUUAGCUGUCUGCGAAUAUUUCAGUUGACGUUUUGCCAUUUUUAUUUUAUUUUCAGCUACUCAUUUCAACUUUACCACUAUUCUUUAAAUAUAGUUAAUAUUCUUUAAUAAGUAAUAAAGCAACAAAUGAAAAUGGUAUUCCGACUAGUUAUAAUACAUAAGCUUAGUCCAUUUGUUCAUAUUAUGCUUAUUCUUGUUAUUGUUCCGCUAUCAAUAUGUAUGUUUAGUUUAUGUACAUCCAUCUUCCUGUCACUUCGCAGUACAAAUCAAAUGCUACUAAGAUGCUACUGAGAGCAGAGAUUUGACUCUCAAAAACAGCGGCAAGAGAGUAACUUUUCACCGUUUGUUCAGCCUUUAAGGACAUGAUGCAACUGUCGGCACCAUGCCUUCGUGAGUCCUUUGCUUAAAGACGUCUAUCGGGAUAAAGUUCAUUGCGGUUUUCAAUAUGUUUAUGUGACUGUAGCUAUGUGAAAUCAGACAGACAAGCAUAAAGCAGGCAGGCAUUUGGUGGAGUAGCUUUUGCAGUAAAUAUGUGGCAAAGUUUGUUGGUAACAUGUGCAGUAGUUUGAAUAAUUUUCGAACGAUUUCUCGCAAAGCUGUUAUUUAAAUAUAUUGUAGAUGUAUGCAUGAAUGUGUGAAUAAUUAAAAUGGUCCACCGCUGUUACAUGGCAAGGCUACAUAAUUUCGACGCUACUGGUGUUGUGCCUUUUGCCACCAAGACUAACGAUAGUGAUAUUGUUACUAAAAUACCAACAAACAACAGGCGCAACUGUGUUGAAACUUUACGAAGCUUAGCUGCAAUGUGGUAAAUUCGCCGUCAUAUAGCUGCACAAGCGAUUUGUAUAAAUGUGACGUAUAUUUAGUUGUGUUUUGUAAAAUGUAUACUUUGUUAACCUCGUAUUCGCUUAAAAAUAACACAAGGUCAUCGUAGAGUGCAACGUAAAUAGUUUCAUUAUCCUUCUGAGCGUCAGUUAACAUAUUCGAAACUUACAUUAUUUUCACUUUUAGAUGCUUUAAAAGAAAAAUGUGGCAUAUAUGUAAAUAUUAGAUUUUUGUAAUUGAAUUAAUUACAAUUCCUUUCCCAUUCCUUUUCGGUUAUUUUUGAAUCUGUGUAUGUCGUAUUGUGCCACUUCUGGUUAGGCUAAGUGGGUGGUUUGAUAUGUACUAUCUGAUCAAAUUUGACCCGGACGGACAAAAAUCUACAUUGGCUGCUAAGCAAAUACAAGCAUGCCAACGCUUAAUUCAUACACUUGCUAUAAGGUUUCAGUGCCUUGGACGAAUUUUGGUUUUUUCGGUCAUCAAGUCAAAUCAGACGUUCUAUGAGAGUUUAUACUGUUCACAGGAUAUGAGAGAAUUUAAUAAGAAACGUCAAGAAUAAAAGAAAUAAAGUAUAUAAACUCGAUCUUACUACAGGGCCCAUGUAACCGGCACGACCUCGGUUUAUCUACCGCUACAACAAUGACACAUCAGACGACGCAUCUAUAAAGCCUUUCUAUAUUCACGUGAUAUUCUUUUUACUCAUUAUAUACAUAUUUUAUAUCUAUGAAUUUUAUUGAAAGUAUGUAUGUUCUUACAUAGUGUUUUAUGAGAAAAUGCAUUUUUGCAUGAAAACUUGUGGAAAAAGAAGAUCAUAUGUAUACACAGAAGUAUUCUUAUUCAAUAUCUAGAGAUAAGUGCUAAAAACUCUACACUAAAAAUGUUUAAAGUGGUGAAUUGUUCAUUUAAAAAGUAAAAGAAUUACAUAUUAAAACUCAUUACAACUUAAAAAAAAGAAAAAGAAAAAUUUAGUAAUAACAGUUCAACAUUAAAACCGAAAACUCGUUAAUCAUACGGUUGAUACAGCUUCGUACAAAUAGCGACAUAUUUGGAGGAUUGUUAUCUUCAGAACAACAAAAACAUAAUUCAGCUGUCAAUGAGUGUAUAAAGAAGUACUGAGCAAUAUCAUAUAUUUAUUGGAUAUAAUCAUACUCACUAAACAUACAUAUAAUUGCUACGUUUUUUGAAUGGGCUUGGCGUUUAGCGUUUCGACGGUGCCAAGCAAUGUAUUUUCAAUAUUCAAAUAGGAAAUACAAGUAUUCAUUAUAAUCGCAAUGAUAAUGAAGCUAAAAAUAACACUUCGCCUAAAUGAAGAAUGAAGAAACAAAAUGUUCGCACGAUAUCCUUGAUCGUGUGCACAUUUACAUAUUUACUAGUUGGCGCUGCUGUAUUUGACUCGCUCGAAUCGGAAACGGAAAAGCGGCGCUGGGAAGCACUGCAAGCUGUGGAAGAUAUGAUAAUACGAAAAUAUAAUAUUUCACAAGAGGACUUCAAAGUGAUGGAGACAGUUGUGCUUAAGUCAGAACCACACAAAGCUGGUCAACAAUGGAAAUUCACUGGUGCAUUUUACUAUGCAACAACAGUGUUAACGACUAUCGGUUACGGCCAUUCCACGCCAAGCACAAUCGGUGGCAAACUCUUCACAAUGUGCUAUGCAAUUGUGGGGAUACCAUUGGGCCUUGUGAUGUUCCAAAGUAUUGGAGAAAGAGUGAAUAGACUGAGCAGCUAUGUUAUACAAGCAGUGAGAAAGUCACUACGUUGUAAACGAACUGCAGCUUCUGAAGUAGAUUUAAUAUGCGUUGUGACAACACUGAGCUCUUUAACGAUAGCUGGUGGUGCUGCGGCUUUUUCACGGUACGAAGGUUGGAGCUAUUUCGAUUCAGUAUAUUACUGCUUUAUUACUUUAACUACAAUAGGUUUUGGAGAUAUGGUAGCUUUACAAAAAGAUAAUGCACUCAACAACAAACCGCAAUAUGUAAUGUUCGCAUUGAUAUUCAUAUUGUUCGGUUUGGCAAUUGUUGCCGCCUCGCUGAAUCUGCUAGUAUUGCGGUUUGUUACAAUGAAUACGGAGGAUGAACGAAGAGAUGAAGCCCAAGCUAUGCAGGCUUUACAAGUUGCUGUUAAAUUAGAAGGUGACGUCAUUACAGCAAAUGGGUCCAUUUUAAGUGGAUAUGAAGGUCAUGAAGUUCAGUCAAAUAGUAGUGGCUCAACUACAUCCAUGUGUUCAUGUAGCUGUGCACGUUUUAGUGCAAAUCGUCAUAAAACGCAUCAAUACAAAGCGCGUCGCUCACCCUCGCAUAUACGUCAUUUAUUGCCGGAAGUUGUACCAAUGCAGGACUUAAGCUACGAUGCACACAGCCUCAAUGCCGACGGGCUCGAUAUUGUGGAUACAUCAUCAGUCUCGCCUUCGAAACCACACAGACAAUUACUCAAACGCAAUGUAUCGCUACUAUCUUUUCGUAUUUAAAAUACACUUACUAUUAAUGAAAAUAAUUUAAGUAUUAUAGGUACAUACAUUUAUUAAUAGGUAUGCUUAAAUACAAUAAUUUUUGAUUCACCGGUAAUUUAAGCUUUUCACAUCGCUUUAUGGUGCGCCACAUACAGGCGGUACCGUUGUGUAUGUGGUAUACUUGUUUCAAUAUUUAUAAAUAGUUGUUGGGUAGCUACGGCGCCAUCAAUCUAAUGCAGAUUAUAUUAUGCAAUUUUCUGCACUUCAUUUGCGAAUAUGUAUGUAUGUAAAUAUUAAAGAAACAUUUUGAAGAAAAUACUUAUAAUUAGUUAGGUAGGUGUAAACCUUAGCGAAAGCCUAUCAAUCAAUAGAUUUCUUUAAUAUAGCAAUUCAUAUAAUAAGCACUUUUGCUUCUCUUAAUAGCUUAAGGUAUUCCGCGCUUUAUUAUUAAGUCCAUUAAAGAAGUUUUAACUUUAUACUUUAGACUUUUGUUAUUAAAAUCUUUGAAAAUGAGUAGUUUUGCUGAGAUAUCUAUGCAUAAAAUUGGUGAAGCUUUUCAUUUUUAUAUUAUUUACGAUUGGAGGAGAUGUAAUUAAAACAUUUCAAUUUUUUCCACAUAAGUAUUUUUGACUUAAUUUAAGACAUCUUUAAUUUAUAAAAAUAUGAGAACACGAUGCAUAAUACCCACAAGUAUGUAGUUAUUCAAAAGCGCUCAUUUUUAUCUAUUUCUUUGCACACACGCUGCAAUAGUUUCAAUGAAUCAAUUAACGAAUAUACCCUUUUAUAAUAGAAGGAAUAACACGACAACCUAUAAAUUCUCACAUAAAGUGAUGUUUGUAAUAAAUGAAUGCGCAAAAGAACAUUAAAAUUUACAUAAACCAUACUAGGCCAUAAGUGGCCUCCAAAAUUGCUUAAUAUUAAUAUGGUCAGCCAGAUAAAAAUGUUGCUAUAAAAAAGAUUACAACGAGCAUCGAUCACUUAUAAGAUCAAUAUAUCUAACACCUCUCUUAAAGUAUGUAAAUUUAAAUAAGCGUAAUAAUAACACUAAUUCCCACAACAGCCGGUUCUACUUUACCGGAACUGACCCGGACUUUUUUCGGCAAAAGGCUGCGAUCUAACUCUGUUUAAAUCGGUAAGUAGGAAUAACUUUUGUAAGAAAAUUACAGCUUCGCCAAACAAAAACAAAAGUUAUAUAAAAAUCCAAAGGUUGAAAAUACAUUUUUUAAUAUGACUGUUUUUUGAAUAAAUACGAAAAAACUAUUCAGUUAAGGGGUGUACAAAAAAACAAAAAAAAAAAAACAAUUUUCUUUUCCUGAUGCAAUAUAACAACUUUUUUAUUAGUAAACUUCAAAAUCGCUCUAUUAAACGUUAUUUUGUUAACUAGAAAAUAUGAAAACAGUUCUAUCACUGCCAAAUUCAUCACCUGAUACAAAAGUCAAACACAUAGUAAGGGUACUCUAUGUAGAGGAGUACAAAUUUUAAACUGGCACAUACAAACAAUUAAAGCUUACGUAUUCAAAUAUAAUUAAGAAAAUUAUUAACUUACUUCAUAAAUACUUUAGUUAUUUUUUAAUUUUGUUUUACCUUUUUAAUUAUUUUUAAUUAUCUGCCUUAGAGGUUAGAAAGUUCAAAUACCGUACAUUGUUCAAAAGUUUGAACAGAAUAGUCAAAUUAUUUAACUAUUAUAAUGUUUAUUAUUUUAUAUUUUUUAAUGUUAUUUAAAAAAUUUAAUCAACUAUUAUAAUGUUUAUUAUUUUAUAUUUUUUAAUGUUAUUUUAAAAGUUUAAUAAACUCUGGAUUUAAUUUAUAUGUUCGCAAAACUCAGGCGAAUACUUUUUAUAUAGAUACAAAUAAUGGGAGUAAAGAUCAUUCAUUCACACCUCCAAACUCAUAUCAUUUAAAAAAACGUUACCUUCGAAAUACCAUACUACCUACAUACAUAUACAUAGAUAUUUAUCUUACAUAACUGUGCUUAACAAGUAUAUGUAUCCAUAUCCAUGUAUAUACAUAGUAUAUAUGUAGGUACGAACACAAUAUAUGCAUAAAACUAAACUACUCAAAAUUUAAUAUCAUCGACUCUUUUUCAAGACUCAUCAGUUAUCGAAUUUAUGGUAUAUAAUAAAUAUUUAAUAAACUACAUUUAUAAAUAUCUAAUUGGGUAUUAAUAAUCAGGCGCAUUAAAUUACGAGUGAAAAUGAAAUGGUAAUGUGAUCCAAAUAAGUUUAAAUAUUCUACAGUUAUUUCUUAGUAGCGCUUGGUAAUUCCGGUCGACAAACAUACAUACUAUGUAUGAAAAUAUAAAAGAUACACAUUGAAACGUAUUUAUAUAUUCGUUUAUGAAAUGUAUAAUCAACUAUUUAUUUUAAGUAUUAUUAAGCACCUAUAAUUUUUUGUACUACAAAUAUGUAUACUUAGCACAUUGCCAUUUCAUUUGAAAUAGCUGAAUCGUUUUCUUAUAUGAAAAAAGUUUUAUAUUCAAAAAUGCAUUAUUAUAAACGAGGCCAAAUUUUUGGUAGAUAUAAGCCACUCCCAUUUUUACGAUUUCUUUUAAAAAUUUUGCCAUUAGAAAUUACUUAUAUUAUAAUAGUUUUUAUACUUACAUAUGUAUAUUAAAAUUAAAAAAAAAAAUAUUCUAAGUAGAUAUGUACGUGCCUAUGAAAAUAGGUGUUUGCAGUUGUUUACCAUGUUAAUGUAUAUUAAAUGCAUAUAGCAUUGAAGAGCAGUACUCGCAAAUGAAGAGGCAAUUUUUUCUCUUUUCUUAUAAAAAAUAAAUAAUAAAAAUCCGUUGAAAGACUUUGUAAUAUAGAGAACACUGGAAAAUACAAAUAAAUUUACAUUUAUGAAAAAA